AUGACUGGAGUUUAUGGGCUGCUGGUAAAAUGCGGGUCAUAUCAGGGUGAAACGCAUCAGAAUCUGGGCAUGACUUGGUUAUUGGCAGAACGAGGCUCAAAAGGACAUCUUGACCUGACGGAGUUAAUAGGAGUUCCUCUUCCUCCUUCCGUCUACUUUGUCACCGGCUAUGGAGGGUUUCCAGCUUACAGCUUUGGUCCAGAUGCUAACAUCGGUCGAUUGACAAGUGCUAUAAUACCAUCACCUUUCUAUACAAAUUUUGCUAUUGUAGUUACAGUGAAACCAAACAGUGAUCGUGGAGGAGUGCUAUUUGCAAUAACAGAUGCCUUCCAGAAAACUAUUUACCUGGGAAUGAGACUUUCACCAGUUGAUGACAGCACCCAGAGAAUAAUUAUGUACUACACAGAGCCUGGUUCCCAUAUCUCCCGAGAGGCUGCUUCAUUUAAAGUGCCAGUGAUGACUAACAGGUGGAAUAGGUUUACAGUGACUGUUCAGGGAAAUGAUGUUGCUUUGUUCAUGGACUGCGAAGAAUAUCAAAAAGUGCAGUUUCAAAGGUCACCUCAAGCCUUGGUAUUUGAAUCUGGCUCUGGGAUAUUUGUUGGUAACGCAGGAGCCACAGGAUUGGAAAAGUUCACGGGCUCAAUUCAACAUCUGACAAUCAAAUCUGACCCAAGGGCUACUGAAGAUCAUUGUGAAGAUGAUGAUCCUUAUGUUUCAGGGGACAUCAGUGGCAAUGGCAGCAUUCAAGAACAUGAAGGUAUUUCUGAGACACAAGAAGUCCUUGCACCUCCUCGUCUUCCCAUAAGGGGCCAGAAAGGUCAGGAAGGAGAGGAUGGACCCACAGGAUCUCCAGGAAAACCAGGGGUAGAAGAUGUGCAGAAAAAAGAUCAUGGAGCUCCUGGAUCUCCAGGGAAACUUGGACAAUAUGUUCAGCCUGGUAAAAAUGGACUUCAGGGGUUGCCAGGACUGAAAGGAAAAGCAGGCCUAAAAGGUGAAAAGGGUGAUCCUGGUGAGGGAUUGCCAGGACCCCCUGGACCACCAGGACCUGCAGGACCAUCUGCUCCUUCCAGAGGAUUUAAUAGACUGGAACCUGAAGAAUCGGGUUCUGGACAUAUUGACAGAGAGACUGAGAUUUUAAGGGGUCUUCCUGGGCCACCAGGCCCUCCAGGACUACCUGGUCUUCCAGGAAAGCCAGCACCCAAUUCAGGUGUAGGACCUCCGGGGUCACCAGGGGAAGAUGGAGCUUCUGGUGAACCAGGCCCUGAAGGUCCUCAAGGUCCUCCUGGUCUUGAUGGAGUGGCUGGCCCACCAGGACAGAAGGGAGAAAAGGGUGCUCAAGGUCUGCCUGGGUCUGUUGGUCCAAAGGGUGAUACUGGAGUCACUGGAUCAAUAGGCCCCAAAGGAGAAGCUGGUGCUGUUGGGUCUCCUGGGAAAGCUGGACCACCAGGACCUCCUGGGCCCCCUGGGCCCCCUGGACCUCCUGGACCCCCAGGACUAAGCUACGGUUUGGGAUUUGAGGGUCCAAAAGGGGAGAAAGGUGACCCAGGACCUCAGGGUGAACCAGGACAGGACGGGAACAGUAUUGUGGGACCACCUGGACCACCAGGACCACCAGGACCAAUCAUAGCAAUACCUGAGCUCCUGCUCAAUGAUACAGAUGGAAGUUUUAACUUUACCAGAAUUAAAGGACUGGUUGGGCCUCCAGGGCCAGAUGGCAAGCCAGGUCUACCAGGAUUUCCUGGCCCUCGGGGACCAAAGGGUGAUACUGGUUUGCCUGGAUCACAAGGACGCAAAGGACAACAGGGUGAAAAGGGAGAACCAGGAGCUAUCAUUGCUGCUGACGGAUCUUUAACUGAAUUAUUAGGAAGAAAAGGGGAGAAGGGAGAAGCUGGAGUGGUGGGACCGGUGGGACCAACGGGACCAAUAGGACCUGCUGGACCUAAAGGAGAACUUGGUUUCCCAGGACGUCCAGGCCGCCCAGGACUGAAUGGACUGAGAGGUGUGAAAGGUGAUCGAGGCGAAGCGUUUAAUGGCCUUCCUGGCUUGCCUGGACCGCCAGGGCCUCCUGGACCUCCAGGACGUAUAGUUUAUAUCAAAGGAGGUGAAAAAGGAGACAAUGGAGUCACUGGUGUAAAAGGGGAAAAAGGAGAACCAAAUGGAGGCUUUUUUCUGACAGGACCUCCUGGACCACCUGGAAGACCAGGAUUAGUUGGACCAAAAGGGGAUUCAGUUGUUGGACCCAGAGGACCUCCAGGGUUACCUGGCCUACCUGGCUUACCAGGUUAUGGAAAAAUUGGACCACCUGGCCCACCUGGCCCACCAGGCCCACCAGGACCCCCUGCAAUAUAUGGCUCAGCAGCCGCAAUGCCUGGGCCACCAGGACCUCCUGGAGAGCCAGGGUCACCUGCAACCAGAAACCUGCUGCAUCUGGUGGCUUUAAACUCGCCAUUUUCUGGUGACAUGCGAGCAGAUUUUCAGUGUUUCCAACAGGCCCAACUAGCAGGUUUGACGUCUACCUACAGAGCCUUCCUCUCAUCACAUUUGCAAGAUCUGGCCACAGUUGUCAGAAAAACAGACAGAUACCAUUUACCAAUAGUCAAUCUUAAGGGAGAAACACUUUUCAAUAACUGGGAAUCUAUAUUUAAUGGAAAUGGUGGACAAUUCAACAUUCAUGUUCCAAUAUACUCCUUUGAUGGGAGGAACGUCAUGACUGACCCAUCUUGGCCUCAAAAAGUAAUAUGGCAUGGUUCAACUGCAAAUGGGAUCCGACUGGUUAGCAACUACUGUGAAGCCUGGCACACAGCUGAUAUGGGAGCUAUGGGACAAGCAUCACCGCUGAAGACGGGGAAACUUCUUGAUCAGAAAGUAUUUAGCUGCAGUAAUCAGUUUAUCGUUCUCUGUAUUGAAAACAGUUUUGUAUCUGAUCCCCAAGGAAAAUAAUUCACCUGAUGCACAUAGGAAUAUUCCAUUUUAUGAUAGAAAAAGCUGACACUGAAAUUUC